CUCAGCUUAACCUCUCUGGACCCCCUGUUUUGUGCAACAGCCGGCAGAAGUCGAGGAACUGCUCAGAGAAGGAAUUUCCGACGCGUGAGAGGAGUUUCCAGUGUGGGCGGAGCGACGAUGCAGGAAGUCCAGAAUCCACAGCUGUUUCUGGGCUAUUUAGCUCCGGUCCCUGUUCCUCCUGUCACCCAAGAGGACCUGUCAGCGACGGGGCGAGCGCAGCCCCGGGUGCGGACGGGACUUCAUUCGGCGCCCUGAGCAGUAGACACCCCUCCGUGUCCACGAUGUGUCAGGCGGUGCUGGUGGAUCUGAUUCACGGCUGCUGUCCAACAUGCGCCGGCUCGUCUCUGCUGGAGGAAUCCGCAUCGGGCGCGCAUGUGUUUCUGCUGUGCGGGGAACGGUACCGGGAGAAAGGGGAGAAAAACGGCUUCUCAGACCCGUUUCUGAGCUCGUGGCGGAGCGUGCGGGUGCUGGACUCCGGCUCCAUCGCGGAGUGUUUGUACCGCUUCAAGCGGACUGUGGACCGGCUGGACCUGAGCUCCGUGAGCGUCGUCACGACGCCGCGGGGCCGAGAGGUGCUGGUUCGGUACCAGGCGCAGCUUUUUACGGCCGCGUAUGCAUUUGACUACAAAGUGAGGUCGGCGGACGAGCUCGCCUGCCCGAGCUGCGCAGGCUCCGCCCACACGGACUCACCUGGCGAAGGAGUCCAAGAAGAAGUGUCUGCGUUUCUGCAGCAGCUACCUGCGCUGAACGGAGAGGUCACGGUGCUGAGGUCAGCACUGAUUCCAGACUGCUUCGGUCAUGGCUUCAGUACUCGUACAGGCGGUGUGUCCUACAUCCCGACCCUGUCCUCCUUGAAUCUGUUCAGCAGCAGCAGGAGGAGGGACCCCGGGGCCGUGGUGAUGGAGAACAGACGCCGACUGGCCCUGCAUGCCGGUUUCCACCCUGAGCCGCUACGCCUGGUCAAGGUGAACCACGCCAGCGACGUCUGGGUUAUGGGGAAAGCUGAGCCCGAGAGCUACGAUGGGGUGGUAACCAGUCAGACUGGGGUUGUUUUAGCAGCUCCAGGAGCCGACUGCAUGCCGAUCCUGUUCGCUGAUCCGGUGUCAAAGGUCAUCGGAGCUGCUCAUGCAGGUUGGAAAGGGACCCUGAUGGGGGUUGCCAUGGCGACAGUGGAGGCCAUGGUAACAGAGUUGGGUUGCCAGGUGAACGACAUCGUGGUGGCGGUGGGACCGUCGGUGGGGGCGUGUUGUUUCACCCUGGACAGAGAGCAGGCGCUGGACUUCGUCAGCAUCCAUCCAGACUGCGUCCCCGAUCCAGAGUCAGCCAGACCACAUGUCAACAUCCGCCUGGCCAACAGAAUCCUCCUCCAGAAAGGCGGCAUCCUGCCUGAGCACAUCCACGACGACGCGGUGACGGACUGGUCCUGCGUGACGCCCUGCACCUCCUGUCACCCCGAGCUCUUCUUCUCCCACGUCAGAGACGGACCCAACUUCGGCACCCAGGUGGGCUUCCUGUGGAUCAAAGAAACGGCAGAACGGGCCCCACAUCCAGCAGCCGAGACGAACCCACAGGAGGGACGUUAGUCACAGAUGCCCACGGAUGGAUUAUGAGAAAAUGGGCCCGUGGGCAAAGACAAGCAGAAGGCCCCCCCCACCCCUCCCACAUAGGACCCCCAGACCACAAGAGACACCAAACGACUACAAACGAUACGACUGCGUUGUCCGUAGUCGUUUUGCGUCCCUUUGUGGUGGUUUUGAGCCUUUUAACUGAGCUCUGUGACUUUCAGACAGGAAAUGUUAAGACUUUAUACAGAGGCUCGGACCCAGGGGCCCCCUGACCUGUCAGACCCCCGUAGGAAAUCCAGCCACGCAGAUACCAUCUCCUGCACUUGUGUUGUUUGGACGUAUUCCCGUAUGUAAUGAUCAGUAGGUGGAAAGACCUGGACACAGUUGUUGUAAUUGCUGCAGGUAAUAAAGAGAAAAUAAAUGCUUUUUAUUUUAUAAUCAGACUAUAUAUUAAAGUGAAAUAUUUAAUACAGCCUCUCAGGGUGAAUAAUGACCGUUUAAUCUGUACAGCAUGUUGGACAAUUUGUAUUUUGUGUUCCGCUCUUUAAAAGAAUAUUAAUACUAAUGUCAAAAAAACUUUAACUGCACUGUUAAAGUUCCAGCUGAGUGGGUUUUAUUUGACAGACCAAUUAAGAUCAGCAGCUGUUGUUAAAGUGUCUGUAACAAGCAGCUCAAGUGCAGGCGGGCGAUCAAACGAUGGCCGCUGCGGGUUUAUCAAGGUCAGCUUCUAACUAAAACCCUGCACGGUGCAGGAGCCAGUAAAUGAACACGUCUUAUCACCUUUAAACUACAAGGUUUCCUCUGUGAUGUGAGAGGUCUCCAGAUACUGAGGCUAAAAGUUUUAGAUACCAAAAUGUGCACACAGAAAUGUUCUCUUCUUGAUCAAAAUAGCAGGCACCCAAGUGAAAGUCCUGUCAGAUUUAAAUGGGGUUUUCUAGAGCAGCUGGAUUGCAGAUGAAACCUUUUAAUACUGAGAACUCUUUUUUCAUUUAAAAGUCAAGAUUUUAUCCGCUGAAGCAAACCAGAAGCCAAAGACUGACAUCUAGUCUUACUUUGUUCUAAUCCACACACUCAAAGUGCACAUUUCCUAAUGGGAGUGAUGAUUUAAGGCAUAUGGACGCCGUCUGUCUCGCGCUCUCACGCCAAACAAGGGGAAGCCGCUAAGCCAGUCCUCCAUGAAAAAAAUACAGAAUCUGCAGAAAAGUCAGUAGGGAUGUUCACUUUGUUGGCUGCAACUGUUGCAUGCAGGAUUCUCUCAUGAGUUGAUUGAACAUCCCUGUUUCCUUUAAGAAGGGAAGUGUUGUUUCUGGGUUUUCAGUUCUGCUGUUUAAAUGCUGUGUCUCAUGCAUGGAAGUUUAGUCACCCACUGAACUCAGCGUAUUUAAAAUCAUAACUAGUAAUAAUAAAACGUGGCACCAGAUAAUGGAAGUAAUGAUGUAAUCAUAUUUUACUCCUCCACGCGUUACUGGGGCCGUCUCAUUGCUCAGCGGUCUGUCGUUACACGUGGACGGGAACUUCCGUGUUUCCUUGGCUGAAGCAUAAAUU